AUGGCAAACCGCACUGAGAAAACGGCGAAAACUGUAAAAGGUACAAAUCCGCAGUUUCUCGUCGAGAAAAUCAUUCGACAACGUAUCUACGAUAGUAUGUAUUGGAAAGAGCAUUGUUUCGCUUUGACAGCUGAACUUGUCGUCGACAAAGGAAUGGAUCUCCGCUACAUUGGAGGCGUCUACGCUGGUAACAUCAAGCCGACUCCAUUCCUGUGUCUCGCUCUGAAAAUGCUGCAAAUCCAACCAGAGAAAGAUAUUGUGCUGGAAUUCAUCCAGCAAGAGGAAUUCAAAUAUAUCAGAGCUCUCGGAGCAAUGUAUCUUCGAUUAACUUUUGAUUCCACUGAAAUUUACAAGUAUCUCGAGCCGCUGUAUAAUGAUUUCCGAAAACUGAGAUAUAUGAAUAAGAUGGGACGAUUCGAGGCGAUUUACAUGGACGAUUUCAUUGAUAAUCUGCUUCGUGAGGAUCGUUACUGUGAUAUUCAAUUGCCACGUCUUCAACGACGUUGGGCACUUGAGGAAGUGGAGAUGUUGCCGGCUUACAAGUCACUUCUCGACGGAGAUCUUGUUGCAAUGUCGGAUUCCGAUGACGAGGAGGAAGAGGAUUCGAAGAAGGAGAAGCCACGUUUGACGUCGAGAAGGCGCAGCAGAAGUCGUGAUCGAGAGCGUGAAGUUGGAGAUCGACGAGAAGUUCGGGAACGAGAGAAGAUGAGAGAGCGAAGGGAAAGAGGGGAGGAUGAGCCGGGACCGAGUAACAGAGAUGAUAGAAGAAGAGAGAGGGAUAGAAGUCGUGACAGAGAUCGUAGGGAUAGAAAAGAUGACGAUCGUCGUGACCGAAAGAAGGAAUCAUCAUCCCGUCGUGGCGGUGCUGACAAUGAUGAAGAACGCGAAAUCGCUGAGGCAAAUGCGCUGCGCGCUAAACUCGGAAUGGCUCCACUCGAGCGAUAA